AUGGAGCUUGCGGGAAUCCCAGGGGCGAAUAGUCCAACAUCUUCCUUCAAGAGGCCAUUUCAGUCGAGUCUUUCACGACUGGUCGUACGAUAA